AUCGCGUUUUGAGAGUUGAUUUUUUUCUUCUUCCUUGUUCGUUUUCUAUCGCUCUCUCGUUCGUUCUUCACCGUCCUGUCCUGCGGUUUGGUUCCUCUCGUCAAAGCAAAGACGCACUUCAAAAAAUGCAACAUCAUCCUUCGUCUUCGUCUUCUGCUGAUCUUACCGCCUCGGAAAUAGUCAGCAGAUUUCGUCUUCGUCUAUUGAGUCUUCGUGCUCGAAGGUCACCACCUGACGUACGUCAAAAAAUGCCCGCUGCUCCUCUGAAACCCCGCAGAAUAAGCUCCCGCAGAAGAAGCGCAACUAGUCAAUAUCUGUUACCAACUGAUUUUAAUGAGAUCAAAGAUCCUAUCGAAAAGGAUAGGAUAACCAAAUGUGCCACUUUGGCAAUACAAGAUUAUAAUUCACAAACUCAGAACCACUACCAAUUGGUCGUUAUUGAUGAGUUUAUUUCGCAAAUGGUUAAUGGUUUCCUUUACAUUAUCACAUUUCAAGCCAUGAAUGCUGACAAGGAAUAUGCAACUUUCGAAGCCUAUGUGUAUAGCAAAAGAGAUCUCAGACUGGUUAUUGAUUUCAUAAAGGUUAUUCAAAUCGGGAUCAAAGGGACCAGCACUUGGUACAAAGGCAUUCUCUUGCAGCUGGAGGAUGAUGCUCCAAUUGUCAUGGACGUGAAAGAUCAUAAGGGAGGUGUUUAUGAAGAAAUUUAUAGCCUUGUUAAAUCUACUCAACAGCUCAGGAUGCCAGAUGUGGGAACUCUCGUGAUAAAAAAAGAUGUCAAGGUAAUGGAAUUGAACAAACCCUCGGUCGCACUUCAAAAAAUGCAACAUCAUCCUUCGUCUUCGUCUUUUGCUGAUCUUACCGACUCGGAAAUAGUCAGCAGAUACCGUCUUCGUCUAUCUCGUCUUGGUCCAUUUGCUCGAAGGUCACCACCACCUGACGUACAUCAAAAAAUGCCUGCUGCUCCUCUGAAACCCCGCAGAAGAAGCGCAAUUCGUCAAUCUCUGUUACCAUGUGAUUUUAAUCAAAUCGAAAAUCGAAUCGAAAAUCAAAUCGAAAAGGAUAGGCUUAUCAAAUGUGUCACUUUGGCAAUACGGGAUUAUAAUUCACAAACUCGGAACGACUACCAAUUGGUCGUUAAUGAUGAGUUUAUUUCGCAAAUGGUUAAUUGUUUCCUUUACCGUAUCACAUUUCAAGCCAUGAAUGCUGACAAGGAAUAUGCAACUUUUGAAGCCCAUGUGUAUGGAUUUGGAAAAAGAGAUUAUGAUUAUUUGAAUCUCAGAAAGUUUUUUAGAAUCAGGAUGGAAGGGACCAGUACUUGGUACAAUGGCACUCUCAUGCAGCUGGAGGAUGGUACUCCAAGUGUCAUGGACGAGAAAGAUUAUAAUAGAGAUGUUUAUGGACUUGUUAAAUCUGCUCAACAACUCAGGAUGCCAGAUGUGGGAUCUCUCGUGAUAAAACAAGAUGAAGGCGAGGAAGCUGCUUGAGCAUUGCCUGGUGAAAUCAAUUAAGAGGUUGUCUUGGUUAAAAAACGGAGUCUUUUUGUUUGUGUUAUAAGUUGUAUGUUAACUUUCUAGAUUGUAUUUUGAGAUACCUUUCUGGGUCGAGUUACGUACUUAUUGUUGCCUAAUAAAUAAAAUUUGUUUGAUGUUAACACCUUCUAUCAUAUUGGAAAAUUGCAAAGAGAGCGGAGAAGAUGGUCAAGAGCCAAGGUGGAGCAUUGGAAAAGCUUGAUUCCUUAUUAAGUCAUUCAUGCAAAAUAUUGCCAUUUCCAUAUCUUUGCUGCAAGUUAAAUAACUAUAUAUAAAUUAUGAAUCUAUUGUGAAUACUUGAUCUGGAUGGUUA